AUUCGGUGGAAGGCCCAACCUUAGACUAUGACCGGCGGAGACUGGAUUCACGAGGCUAUGUGUGAUGAUUCAUUGGUGGCGGAGGCUCUGAUCUGUCUCCUCCAUGCUGAACCGUCACCUCCUGAGAAAAAUACCGGCGGCGCGUCGGAUCUCAAGCUGAAGUGGAGCGUGCGUCAGCGGAGGACCAAGGCGGCACCGUUAAGGAAGAAGGGAGAUCAUGAUACGCGUGCCAGUCCCACGACGCCUCUUUCUUGGAGCGGCGCAACCUCUUUUAGCGGCGGUGGAGGCGGAGGUAGCGGUGCUGCUGUUGCCGUUGAUGGAUUUGAGGAGUCAAGCGGCGCCGUGAAACUGUCUGAGGCCGUUAGAUCUAAGAUAUCUCAAACAAGUGUAACAACAAGCCCUUUCAAGAGAUCAAGAAAGAAAAAGACACUUGCUCAACUUAAGGAGGAGGAGAGUUUGCUCUUAAAGGAAAGGAAAAGCUUGAAAAAUGAACUCGCAACUAUGCAGGAUCUGCUCAAGCAACAAAGAGCAAGAAACGAGUCUUUAAAGAAAAUCCAGGCUGAACCACAAAAGAAUGAUGAUUCCUCCUUCUUGCUCCCUGACCUUAACAUACCUCUGGAUAACAACCCGAGCCCUGAAAGUCUCUAUGGAACCAGCUGAUAUAUAACUACGACACAACCACCAAAACAUCAAUAUUCUUUUGUCAGUGACACGUUCUAUAGACUAUGCGUAACUGUAACUAUAUGAUAUGGAUAAGAAUAUAUAGAUAGAUAAUCGUCGUCUCCUUCCCUUGGCUUUGCAGAAGGAUACAAAGAUUCUAAUGAAAGAGGAGACGAGUU